AUGAAUCGGUAUGUGAACCAGUCUGGAAUAAACACAAACACUAUGACCGCAUUUGGCAUCACUGUAUUUCUCCACGGUUAUAGCUACGAUACGAUCGAAAUCUCUACUCGUCUUGCCAUGGCAGUCAUCCUAAGCUAUUGCAUCAUUGCCAUUGCUUAUACGAUCUACACUCUCAUUGCUGGUUCCACCUCAACAGCCUGGAACUCACCAAUCGAACUUGUCACGCUGGCCUUGCAAUCGAAACGAUCAGAUCACUUAGGAUAUACAUCAGUCAGGGUCGAUUCCAUAGAGACAUUGCGCCAGAAUGUUGGUAUCCGGGUUAAUAGUAAGGAGGAGCUCGAACUCGUCUUCGCGCAUGAUCGCGAAAUCGAGACUAGAGAACUGCGAAAGAUCAUACGGAACAAGGAGUAUUGA